AUGUCAUUCACUCCACGGGUGGCGUUGACUGUUGAUGUAUCGAGAAAGGCGCGCCUAUUCAGUCUCGAGCCGGUGCAGGCGCAGCAGAUUCGACAACGACGGCGAGUAGUAACGAGCCGGGCUAUAUCGGACCCUUUCGUGUUCACGUUUGACGAUGGAGAGGAAGGGGAUGGGGCGGAGAGUAACGGCUUUGGCGACAACGAGCGAGACGCAGAGGAGGAGACCCUAGCAGCGCUUGACUGGCCCGCCCUCUGCGCCACCCUCUCGUCCUUCGCCUCCACCUCAUACGCCCGCCGCCUCCUGCUCUCCCUGCGCCCCCCCAAAGCCAAAGCACCCGCCCAGCCCCAACCCACACUCGCCCUCCCCUCUCACACUUCCACCAAAACUCACCUGGAAAAUACCCUUUCAGAAGAAACCCUCCUGUGGGGGUAUGCAGAGUUACAGGAGCAGUGCGAGGGGCUGCUGGAGGAAACAGCAGCGGCGAUCGAGCUGGAGGAGAGGGCCGGGGGCGCUGUGGACCUCAGUGGGGUGCAUGCCUCGUUAGUGGGCGAUGCAUUAAGAGUGCUGGGCCGCGGGAUGAGCGUGAGCGGGCGGCAGGCUGCUGCUGUGGCUGCGAUGAUGGUGGCAGCCAAUGGCGUGCGGCGCGGGGUCAUGGAUGCUGUUGCUGACGUGGAGCGCGGAGGGCAGGGGGGAGGGGAGAGAGGAGCACUGGAGGGCAGUGGCAAGAGCCGGCUGCAUGUGCUUCUGGAUCUGCCCAUGGCCAAGUCACAAAAGUUCACCUCUCAAGCAUCCCCUUCCCCUCACCCCACCGACCCCCCGCCAGACUUGGUUCGGCGCAUCUGGUCCGCCGUGGACGAGGAGGGGCAGGUUCGGGACACAGCGAGCGCGGAGGUUCGGCAGGCCCGAGCCGCGUGCCAGCUGGCCGCCGCCCGGGCGAGGGAGGCGGUGGCGCGGGCGGCGAGGGGGAGGGGGGCGGGCGGCGGGGUGGUGGAGGAGGUGGUGGAGGUGGAGGGGCGGUUUUGCAUGGUGGUGAGCCGACAGCUGAUGAGUGCCGGGGAGGGGAGCUCCUCUGGUCUCGUCAUGAAAUCCUCCUCGCCGUCCCUGGCAGUGAUAGAGCCGACGUCAGCAGUGCAGCUGAACAACCGGUACAGCGAGGCCAGUGCGGAGGCGUGGCGGGCGGAGCAGGCAGUGCUGGCGGUGUUGUCACGAGACAUGGGGGAGGCGGUGGGGGACGUGCACGGGGUGCUGGAGGCGAUGGUUCGACUCGACGUGAUCACAGCGAGAGCACGCUACAGCAGCUGGCUGGGUGCCACUCGCCCGUCCUUCACCCCUCUUGCUGAGGGUCUAGGGUUUACGGAAAUCACCACCCCUUCCUCUCCUGAUGUCACGUCAGCUGAACCUGCCACCUCAGCAACUGCCACAUCAAUAGACCCUGCCACGUCAGCUGCACCAGCCACGUCAGCAGUACCCUCUGCUCCGCUCGUGGACACCCGUUCCCUCCGCCACCCACUCCUCCUCCAGCAGUACCGCGCUGCCCAGAAACGAGCCAAUCAGAGGCUGCAGAAGGCAAAGCGGGCGGCAAAUAGACUACGCACGCGACCCGGCAUAACAGCCACUGCAGUAGCAGCAGCGGCAGCAGGAGCGGGAGUGAGUGGUGGAGUGGGGGAGGUUUCCCCUGGGGGGUGGGUGACACAGCUACAGGCAGCAGAGGGGGAAGUGAGGGAGGCGGAGGAGGAGGUGGGGCGAGCAGAGGCAGCAGUGCCGGUGCCCAUAGACGUGACUGUAAGGAGGGGGUGCCGUGUGGUGACUAUAACGGGGCCCAACACCGGAGGCAAGACUGCUGCAAUCAAAGCAGUGGGGCUCGCAGCUCUCAUGGCCCGAUGUGGCAUCUAUGUGUUGGCAGCAUCACCCGCCCGCCUGCCUCUCUAUGACCUCGUGCUGGCCGACAUCGGCGACGCCCAGUCGCUCACGCAGUCGCUCUCCACCUUCUCCUCGCACCUCGUCCGCAUCAGAAGCAUCCUGGAAGCUGCCACCCCACGCUCCCUCGUGCUCUUGGACGAGUUAGGAGCGGGCACGGACCCAAUAGAAGGGGCCGCUUUGGCCACAGCAGUGCUAGAGCAUCUAGCAGGGGGAUCAGAAGAAGGUUCAGGCGAAUCUUCAGGUGUUCCGUCAGGUGGUGCUCUGCUGACCAUGGCUACAACGCAUCACGGGCAACUCAAGACGCUCAAAUACAGGGACGCACGCUUUGAGAACGCCUCGGUGGAGUUUGAUGAUGAGCGCCUCGCUCCCACGUACCGCCUCCUGUGGGGCAUCCCGGGGCGAUCCAACGCGCUUAACAUCGCGCAGAGGCUCGGGCUGCCCGGAGAAAUCAUUUCGGCUGCCAGGGAGCUGCAAGGCAGUGCAAAGAUGCAAGUGAAUGAGGUAAUAACAGCAAUGGAAGAAGCUAGAAGGGCGUAUGAGACUGAUGUGGAAGCCACUGCCUCUAUUCUAAG